UCCGAGAUCCGGUAUUCCGAGCUCUCAAUUGACAUUUAUUUACAAGAUUUGGUGAGAGUGAUGCCGUCUUCAUCCGGUCUGGAAAACUGUAAGUAUAAAAAGUUAGUAAUUUGGGGAUUUUUUUGUAGGGGUUCAGAGGAGACAAAGUGGGGUGCAAGUAAGUGGUCUUGCCAAGGGUGCAAAAUUGUGUAGCAUUGGCCCUGGGUGUUAUUAUUUAUAUUACAACAAAAGCUGAGCUGUCAUUAAAGGACCACUCUAGGCACCCAGACCACUUCAACUUAAUGAAGUGGUCUGGGUGCCAGGUCCUUCUAGGGUUAACCCAUUUUUUCAUAAACAUAGCAGUUUCAGAGAAACUGCUAUGUUUAUGAAUGGGUUAAGCCUUCCCCCCAUUCCCUCUAGUGGCUGUCUCAUUGACAGCCACUAGAGCAGGUCUACCGUGAUUUUCACAGUGAGAGCACGUAGGAAAGCAUUGUAAAUGCUUUCCUAUGUGACGGGCUGAAUGCGCGUGCGCAUUCAGCCCAGGAGGAGGAUCGGAGGAGGAGAGGAGGGAGAGCUCCCGCCCAGCGCUGGAAAAAGGUAAGUUUUAACCCCUUUUCUCCUUUCCAGAGCCGGGCGGGAGGGGGUCCCUGAGGGUGGGGGCACCCUCAGGGCACUAUAGUGCCAGGAAAACGAGUAUGUUUUCCUGGCACUAUAGUGGUCCUUUAAUACUUUAAAAAAGCAAGAUGGCUGCUCUGGUUAACCUUACUGAUACAUUUGUUUUUAAUGCAAAUGUACACAUAUUAAGAUAUUACCACUAGUAAAUAUUUAAGUAUAAUUAAUCUUUUACUUAUUUUUUUUUAAUACUUUAUAUCGGAAAUAUGAUACUUUAGAGCUGAAAUGCAUAUGCUUUAUUUUUUAACAUUUUUCAAUCAAACCAUUUUCUUAUUCUUAAAAAUCAUUUUAUAUUGUCAAAUAAUUUUGUGUAUAAAAUAGAUUUCAGAAAGUAAAAUGAUAACACUUGUGUCAAAGCUUGAGGCCAUUUCAGAUCAAAUAAUGCACCUAUAAUAAAAAUAUGUAACACUUUUUGUCUAUAUCAUUUAUUUUCCAUCAAAAGCAAAUUUGGGUUCUCCUGGCAUAAACAUCAUGACUGAUGUUUGAUACUGCGGCUCUAGAGAAUUUAGCAUGGGAAUUAGAUUAAAAAUCAUGACAGCAAAAAGAUUAGUUAUCCGAUUAAACCAGUAAUGAGAUUUUGGGUGCUAUCUACCAAUUAUUGCCUGAAGUCAAAGUGGACCAUAAAAGCUUUGGAAGAAAGCACAUUUUAGAAGGUGUACAACUGCUGUCAUAUAUCCAGUGAAAGAGAUUAUUACCAUCUGCAGUUGCUCAAUGCCAUCAUGAAAUUGUGGGCCGCUAUUGGUUCUGCAAAUUGAUUUUCUUUCGCAAAGAGCAAUUGUUUAGAAGGGGAAUUAAAUGUAAAUUAUUGCUACAAUUUAGGUUGGACAGAUAUAAACAAAAAGGACCGUUUUGAAGUUUUACAAAUGGGUAAAUGGUUAAAUGGCUAAAGCAUCCAAUAACAUGAUAAAACCUAUCAUAUUUUAAACUGUGUAUUAAACACAUCCACUUAUGUAUGGAAACCUAUUUCCAUGCGUAAUGCAAUAUUGUCUUAAAAUGGUUUUGCUGUCCCUGGCCAGCAUAAGGAUUUCAGACAAUCAACAAGGCACAGGGGUUCUACUGUUUAAUCUUCUAUAGUUUAGCAUAUCUCACAGUGAAAUUGUUGAUAUUGGUUUGUGUAGCUUGAGGUGGAUGUAUCUGUAUUUGUAAGGCAGUUGUGUAAAGAAAUUGCAUGUGCACCAAGAACUCUAAAGAAUAAGGUUAUAAUUGGUAACAUUCCUACAGUGAAUUCUUAAGCAAAAUUAACCCCUUUAGGACACAUGAUGGAAAUAUUCCGUCAUGAUUCCCUUUUAUUCCAGAAGUUGUGUCCUUAAGGAGUUAAGGAUCAGGUUUUGGCUAUGAGCACAGAAGAUCUGCUUACUCUGAUCCUACCACUGCCCAAGAUGCAAAUCCAGUACAGGAUACACUGUGUAACAUUAGGACAAUAAUUCAUAGUGUCCCCCAAAAUAAUAGUACAGAGCAAAACUUCUCCAAGUACCAAAGUAUCUGUAAGUCGAACAAACUGUUUGUAACAGAAUUUCAUUCUAAUGAAAGUUAAAAUUCAUGCAAGUUAGGAUUGAUGCUUUGAAAGCAUUGCUAGAUUUCAUUAUUCCCUAAGUGCAGCAUGAAUCUUGUAUGAUUAUGUAACAAAUUUUGUUACAUUGUUGUUCUCCGGGACAGGGUUUCAGUGGUUUCAUAUCCAGCUAGCAUAUCAUUGGAUAUUAACUCCACUAAUUGUUAAUCACCUUUCUUUUUGGAUGCUCAUAACAUCUAUCUUUAAAGUUUUAAUAUGUAAUACGAGUCAUUUUCUAAGAAGGAUACAGUGAAAUAUUCAUCUCCAAACAUUGCCCUGGGGUUCAGAAGUUAUUACUACUCAGCUGAAUUAAUUUUAUCAACCCCUGAAGGAUGAAAGACUGAGAUGAUCCCGCUAGAAGUAAAGUAUGCAGCCACAGGACCUAUUGUUGGUGUAUUAAAUGGACAUUAUAAGAACCAGCACAACUUAUGCUUAUUUGAUAAGAGUUGCUCUUGUAGAUCUAUUAUUUUUUUGUCAUUGCUCAAUUCUGUUAAGUUUUAAUAUAAACUAAAAAACAAAAGCUCAACAAAUGCCUGCCUCCUUAUCUGUUUCCCUAUUUUUUACACAAUGUCUUCCUGGACUGCCUUCUGCCUCACAGUGUAUACUGAACCACUGAGAACACUGUGAGUUGAACUGUUGGGAGACAAACUGCAGAGUUGGCGAAUAAAUCAUAAAUUAGACAUAUGCUGAGCAUUGAUAUGCCAUCUAUGGCUGUCUGGUUAACUAUUUGUCUGUCUAUUUUAUUUUGUUUAGAUUCCACCCUAGAGAAUGUCUCCUACACAGCACGCAUGCACGAUGUGUUUGGCGUAUGGUGUGGAACCAAGGAGGAGCUUUAUAUCUUCAGAGAUUCAGUUUACAAUGGAGAGCAGUGA